AUGGAGCUCGACCGUCCAUCUCUUGGGUCUUUGCCUGUUGAAAUUCUGUGCUCUAUCUUCCGUCUCUUGGACCCCAUUGGCCUGACAUCCAUCAGCCAAACCAACUCCAAAUUCCGCACAGUGGUUCAGCCACAGCGAACUCAUUUACUGGAGAGGUUGCUUGAACUUGAAUGCCGAGAAGAGAUCGGAGGAGUCACGCCCGUCUUUCGAUCGAGGGACAACCACCUCGACCCUGACUUCACGUCCAAAGAAUGGUAUUCUGCACGUUGGGCAUGUAGUAUCUGUCUCAAUAUGCUUCCACAUACAGCCUUUGACAACCAUUAUAUCCUACGACUGCAGUACCGCAAGCCAUUGCCAAGAUCUGCGGGCGCGAGUCCUUACACGAGCUGGGAGCCAACAAGAGAAGGGAAAUCCCGCAAAAAGUACCAUUUACACAAAGAACAAUCCAACUCCCGGGAUGAGGACCGGAAAAUACGGCGUCGAUAUUAUCUCGCCUCCAGGUGCAACACAUUGAGACCGAACCAUGAUGUGCGCGAUAGGGGUGCAAGGUUGGCCAGCUUUCAGGACAGCGGAAUGAUCACAUUCCAAGGCUUGAGCCUGGAUGAAUACUGCAGUAUCACACAAGAGGAAGAGCAGGUUCUUCUAGACCACGAAGCACGCCUCAUUGAGAGAGAGCGAUGCGGCUUCAAGCGGCACUUGCGCAAGUGCAAUGAAUGUCGUUUCCGGCGUGGUGAACUCUCAUCUAUUGUGCAGCGAGGCACAGACAAGGUGCCUAUAGUGCCGAGCCGCCGCCUGCCAUUUACAAGUGCCUUGGACCGAUAUUUCCCAGGUUUUCCUGCCAUAAUGAGAAGUGUGAGACCGACCGUGAAGGCCCCUGUUCAAUGCGUGUAUCGUAACGACGUUUUUGAUUCUCUCUGGACUAUGUGGAUGUUGCGCUGCCCUGGAUGUUCGCGCUGGCAGGAAAUGCGCGCGUUUCGUCUGGGUGCCACUUUCAAUCACUGGAUACCUACCACCAACCCUGCCUCGGACUUGAGAAACUGGGACGAAUGCAAGAUCACCGGAAGUUUCAUUGAUGGUGUGUCCUGUAACCAUUGUUUUGCUAAAGAUCAGGGGCGUGAAAAGCUUCGUGAAGUACUUGUGAAAUGGUUGGACUGCUGCUUAGAUAGCGAGCGACGGCGGCUAGGAUAUCUGCUUUUAGGUGGGUGGGAGAGGCUGUUAAGACGAUACCGGCGACUUGAGCAGGUAAGCGACAUCGUUGAGAUUAAAAAUGUCAUUCUGGACAUUCAGCCUAUUGUUGCAAAGGUUCAUGAUCAUGAUUAUCUCAGGAUUGGCCUUGACGAUAUCUUGACGUUGAGGCUGGGCUUUCGUGAAUGGGUUACCGUGUGGGAGAACUUAGACUCCGAAACUCGAAGCCAUUUAGAACACAACCCUUGGGAUGAAUUGUGGUUUCGGAACAAUGAGGUGAUUGAGGCACACUUGAUCUGGGUGAUUCAAUGCAAAAGGGAGAUAAUGGAGAAGGGCAAGGGUGAUGACCUGGUUGGCUGGGCGCUGAGCCGACAAGGAAAUGAUUUAACUUAA